AUGGAUUACUUAAUCGCCGAGAAGGGCGCCCGCCUGGAGGCGCUGAAGGAGCAGCUGCUCGCCCACCUGCGAGUCACCGCAGAGGCGCUGGUGGUCAUUGAGGAGUAUGACAAGCUGGACUGUGAGGCCCGCGGACUGUGGCGGCAGCUGCUGCAGCACCCUGAGCGGCUCAACAUCACGUGGGACCGCUUUGGCCAUGACCGGCCGCGGUGA